UGCAGCCGAAAAAUGUCGAUUAGGUCGAGAAGGCAAGAGGCAGACUGUCGCUUCGACUGAAUGUAGCAUCUUUUCCUCCCCAAUUUUUGUGAGGAAGAAUCGGUGGGCGAUCUCGGAUAAAAUGCCAUCACUUUUAUUCUGUGGGCCCAAAAUGGCCGCCUGUGGCAUCGUGUUGAGCAUAUGGGGAGUCAUUAUGCUGUCGAUGUUGGGGAUCUUCUUCUGUGCAAAAUCUGCUGUGCUGAUUGAAGAUGUUCCCUUCACUGAGGAAGACAUCCGUGAAGACAAGAAUCCGCCGCAGAUAAUUUAUGGACUCUACAACCAAGUUGGCAUCAACUGCUUCAUCGCUGCUGCCAUCUACGUAGGUGUUGGCGCGGUGUCAUUGUGUCAAGUUCGCCUUAACAAGCGCCAGGAGUACAUGGUCACAUAAACCCAGACAACUUAAUCUUCACUCCAAUUAUUCCUACAUAUUUAUAAAAUAUUUGUUAAAUCUCAAAUCUAGGAGAUUUUGUUUUGUUUACUGAAAUGGUACACUUGGCAGUUCAGCUUCUGCUAUACUGAAAAUAUUUAUUGAUAUAAUUAAAAGGUACAAUAAUAAUUUAAAGAUAUUAUAAAGAUGACAAAUACAUGCUGUUAUAUGAAGCAAUUUAUUACUUAUGAUUUUCAUGUAAAAUUUGAGAAUAUUAAAUAACUUUCUGUACUUUCCAUGUCAAGUAAAUAAAUAACAGUAGAAAUAAUGGUACCAUGAACCUAAAAUUUAGCAGGCAAAUGGUUGUCCUCUGAUAAAUACCUAAAAGUCACUAUAUGGAUCUAUAUAAUAGUAACUGAUAUUUGUGUAGAAUGUAUGCGUGUUUGACGAAUAUUUAUUUUAUUUAUAUAUAAUAUUUAAGUGUUU